UCCACAUUGGACGCUCGCGGGCAGCAAGGUGCUGAUCUGACGCACCGACGUCACCGGCUCUUUGACAGCACUUCCUGGAGCGCCGUUUGUUGUGGGAAACAGCCCCGCUGCUGCUCAGCUCAACGGUGGAAAUAGGCCACAUAGACGGCAGGAACAGAGGGGGACACGUCGGCGCUUCUCUCCCACCUUUAAACAUGCGGUCUCGGCUUCCUCUCACCGCUAUCAGCUAAAGGACCGGGAGAGAAAAGAAGAGGAGUCUGAGGACGGAGAAGGUGGAGAUAAAAAAAAAAAUCUCCCCCGAGCAGCAGAGCCGCCGACAGCAGGGAGCUGUCGCGAUGUUGUAACCAAACCAUGGACAGCAGGAUAAAGGAGAACCCAGAAAGAACAUUUGAUCUAGUUGUACAAGUGGAGUGCCCAUCAUCUGAAAAUGAGGAUCCAACCGUGCUGUGGAGCUUCCCCCAGGACCACACAGACCAGGAGGUUCUUCAGACAAUACCAAAGUUCUGCUUUCCCUUUGACGUGGAAAGGGUUUCCCAGAACCAGGUGGGGCAGAACUUCACCUUUGUUCUCACAGACAUCGACAGCAAGCAGAGGUUUGGUUUCUGUCGACUCACCCAAGGCUGCCGAGUCUGCAUAUGUCUCCUCAGUUAUUUACCGUGGUUUGAAAUCUACUACAAGCUGCUGAACACACUGGCUGACUACCUAACAAAACAUCAGGAAAAUGACUUGAAUGACUUGCUGAAUUCUCUCUAUGAGCUGCCUGUGCCAAAGCCCUUCACGCCAGUCAACUUGAGCGUGACUGAGCAGUUGUGUAUUGCCACUGGGCAAGUACUGAGAGAUCAGCGAAGCAAGGAGCCGCACUCCUACUUCAUCGCCCCGGAUAUCAAUGGACUGCCAACCAUCCCAGAGAGUAGGAACCUGACUGAGUACUUUGUGGCUGUGGACAUCAACAACAUGCUCCAGCUCUACGCUAGCAUGCUGCACGAACGGCGCAUCAUCAUUACCUCAAGGAAGCUUAGCACUUUGACUGCAUGCGUCCACGGUGCAGCAGCUUUGCUCUUUCCCAUGUACUGGCAGCACAUCUUCAUCCCGGUCCUGCCUCCGCAUCUUCUGGACUACUGCUGUGCUCCAAUGCCAUACUUUGUGGGCGUCCACUAUAGUCUACUUGAGAGAGUAUGCAGUCGCUCGCUGGAGGAUGUGGUCAUUCUCAACGUGGACACAAACACCAUGGAAAGCCCCUUUGAUGACCUGCAGAACCUUCCUAGUGAUGUGGUGUCCACUCUGAAGAGCAAGCUGAAGAAGCAGUCCACAGCAACAGGAUGUGGCGUGGCGAGGGCCUUCCUGAGAGCGCAGGCCGCUCUGUUUGGAUCCUACAGAGAUGCUCUCAGAUAUAAACCUGGAGAACCAAUCACGUUCUGUGAGGAGAGUUUUGUCAACCAUCGCUCGAGCACAAUGAAGAACUUCCUGUCUAUGGCCGUCAACCUGCAGCUCUUUAAACAGUUCAUCGACGGACGGCUGGCCAAAUUAAACGCAGGCCGCGGCUUCACUGACGUGUUUGAAGAAGAGAUCACAGAGGGGGGCUUCUGUGGAAGUAAUUCAGGGUCUUACCAGCAAUGGAAGCACACUGUGAAGAGAGGAGGAGCACUUUUGAACACAGCAGUGUCAAAGGCCAAGGUUCACGCCAAGCGGGGCAUACAGGACAUCAAGGGCCGACUUAAACCAAGGGAAGACGAAGAAGACGGCAUGGCAGUCCGUCCGGGGUCUCCCACCAGCACCAAGAGCCUGUCUCCAAGGAGACUGCAGAAGAUGAGACGGCACAACUUAAACAAGUCUCCUAUGAGCGUGGGCCUUCGAGACCUUGGCUAUGGGCUGGACGAUGAUGAGUUGGACACUGCAAGCAAGAUCUCAUCUGAAGAUAGCGGCGAGGUCCAGUCAUACACAGAGGACAGCGAUGAUUCUGAUUCCUUCUACCCGGACAUCGAACCCUCGCCGUCCAGCCAGAUGAACCUGCUGGAGGAAAUCCUGGAUUCUCUGACCACCACGACAAUGGAUCAAGGGAAACUCAGUGGAGCCAAGAGCUUGGACUUCUUCAGGUCCUUGGAUGACUUGGACUACAAGGCUCAGCCAAAGCCAUGCAGUGACUCAAGAACUGAGGAUGAGGGCAGCUGUGAUGCUAGAGCUGAACAUGGAGGAUGGAACAUGGGCCAGGAUGACAGCGCCGUCCAUGGGAAACACCUGCCUCCAUCUCCACGCAGACAACCCAACAAAAGUAGCCUUAAGGGCUCCAAGAACCUCUCUACACGCUCUGCAGAGUCCCCCUACUCAGCUUCCCAUGAUGCCAACGGCACCAAGUCAGAUCCUCCUCCUACCUACUCCUCUAGGUCUGAUCUUGACACUCACCUUCUCCCAUCAGGAAGACCACCAGGAGACCACCGCCUAUCUUACUCCCCCUUGCUCUCCCAUAAGGUUUCACCCCCAUCCCCCAAACUCUCUCACACCCACAGCUCUGCAGCGCCUGCAUCUCAUCCAAACUCUUCUCUUGCACCGACGGGUCGGAAUCGUACCUCCUCGGACCCUCAGGGCAGCUCUGAGCCUUCCCAAACCCAGGAUCAAACUGGGUCCACCGGCAUCCUGAGGAGAAAGGUGCUGUCGAAAGAGAUGGUGAAAAACUACCACGAGCGGUCAGUGAAGAGGCAAGGCAACAGAGGAAACCAGCAGCACCAGGUGAGCCCCACGAAGAACAACCAGGCCAGCAUCCAGGUACCGUGGGAGAAAGAAGUUUCCAAAGAUUCGCUUCUGGGGCUUGGCCUGUGUCUGGGUCAGAGUAAAGACUCAGAGACCACCGGGAGGCAGGAUCCAGGCCUCCUGGAGGAGAUCGAGUCCAUGUGUUGCCUCACUUCACCCAGCAGCCUCAAUCUCUCUCAAAUCCACUGCAGCAACAGCCACCAUCAGGUCGAAGGAAAAGCCACAGAGAAGUCCUAAAGAACACAGAAAACACUAUAUCUGUGGACCGACUCAGGUUCUGCGCCUCUGUUACGUCUGAUAACCAGCUCUGCCCUGAUUUCCUGAAUCCUCGCUCAUAAGGGAACAUUAUAAACAAACCUAACAAGGGCCAAAAACAAACAAAAGCCACAGAGCUGGAAGUGUUUAGAGGAAGCACUGCAGAGUUCUCCAUCUGUAUUCUUAUCUCCUGGAAUAAAAACUCUUGAAAUAAAUUAGAUUGCAUAAAGACUACCUCAAAAACAUUGGUGAGAGUAAGAAAAAAAGCUCUGUAGGCUGAUUCAGAUGAGGAAUAGGCAACUUUAAAAAGAAUACAUUUGAAAACAUCCUUUUUCUUUAAAUAUUGUUCAUCUUAAACUUCAAUCUUUGAGUAAAAUAUGUGAGAAUAGGUGGAUAUAUCUGCAGUGUUUUCAGUUUAGUCCUCAAGGAUCUGAACACAGUAAAUGCACCCAUCAGGUUUUUCUGAUCGGGAACUGACAUCCUGCUGUCUUUGAAUCCAUUUACUCAGAAUGACUAGGACUCAGAAAGGAGAAACAAGUGCCGCAGGUCCUUUAAUAGAUGUAGUAUUUUAAAAUCCAACAGAAAAUUAAACGAUUAAAGCGUUAUGCCACUUUAUGUAUCAAAGCACAUAUUUCUAAACUUUAUUAGAGAAUAUGUUGCAUUUGUAGACCAAUUUUAGGGAAGUUCUUACAUUGUGUUGCAUUUAAUAAACAAGAAAAUCUGAUUUUCUGGUUUGUGACCUGCUGAUCACUAGUCAGAAGGCCAGUUCAAAGAAGUAUCUGAUUUCAGCCGCUAACUAAUCGUUCGCUGCAUCUCUACCAAGCGCUUUAGCUCAAAUGAAUUUAUGUGAGUACUAUGUUAGGAUGAAGAAGGGCCAAUUUCCUCUAAACACACCAUCAUGUUGUUGAUUUUUGUUUUACUCCCUUGUUCUGAACAUUUCAUAUAAUGAGUUUGCACUUGUGGAUUAAUUUAUAAUAUUCUUCUAUUACUACCUGGUACUAACUGCAAAACCAGUUCGGGUGAUACUGGAUGUUGAAUACACAGUGUCCUCGGAAGCCUUUGAGAAUAAUAAAACUCUGUUAGAUUAAUGAUUUUAAUCACUAUGCCUUAAACGGACAUGUGAUUUUUUUUUUUUAAUACUGAUGUCUUUAACUUUGGAUACGUCUGCAGGUACUUUCCAACCAGAACCUUCAAUAUAGCAGCGAGUCAUGGUACCAGUAAUGGUCUUUGCUGCCGUGUUAAUUUGAAAACGACCAACUUGGAUGAAGCAAAAUCACUCAAGUGUUGCUAUGAAUGAUCAGGAAAAGCCAGAUUCUGCGCUGCAUCUCUUUCUCUUUCCAUCGACACUCAUGGUUUCAGCUCUUUUCCAGCUCUCUUCCCCUCAUUCCAUCUCUCCAUGCUUCCAGACGUCCCUAACCUCUCUGUGACACUUUGCCUUCAGGCUGUUUACUUUCACUGAAGAUAUUAACUAUAAAAUGGGUCAUGAAUAACAAGAAUAAAUUAUGUUGUGUUAAUGUUUUUAAAGGCGAAUUUAAAUUUCAUGGAAUUAUUCUUUUUGUAGCAUUUGUUAGCAGACAUCACACUUUUCUCUUUUUUGUCUCCAUCUCUCCUCCUUUCUCUUGUUUUAAGAGGAAAUGCAGCUUCUGAAUAGGAGUUUGCUCUAUACUGUAUUGCAGUGGAGGAUGAUUGUACUGUAAUGAAGCAAUAUACUGCAGGUCUUUGAGUCGCUGCAUGGAUGUGAUGUGUUCAGGGUCUAAAGUAUUUUUAUAUGCAUCUCUCCUGUGGAGAAAAGCGCCAGCAUCCAGGGAUCGCAGCUUCCCCUUGUUCUCUCUGCGUCACCGCAAACCCGUAGGAAGAGAACAGUCUUUCCCUCGCUUGGGUUGGGAUUACUACAUUUAUGGUCUGUUGUUCUUAUGAUUUAUGCCAGACGGCAGUUUAAUGGUGGCUGUUUCUCUACUUCUGGAGUGCAGCUCUGCGUUAACGAUUUGCCCAUAAAGUCUUUGGCAUGCUUCUAAAAGGCUAAAAAGAAUCGGUCCUGGUAAUUCCAAGAAAGGUUAGAAGAAAUACUGAGUCCAGAACAUUUUUAACUAGCCUCACUCACUGUAAACACUUUAACAAACUGUUAUACUAUGCAAAUAUUGAGAAAUCUUAAGAGGCCAGUUUUCUUUGACAGGAUUGUUUCCGCAGUUGGAAUCAUAAUCAGACUGUUUUCUGAUAAAAAGUAAUCCUCAAUAUAUGAACAAGUAGGGAUGACCCAGUCAGGAUUUUGUCUAUGCUUUAGACUAAACGGUAGUUUAGGAUUAAAGCAUUCAAUCAUGACAUAUAGAAGCUUUAUUAGACUUGGGUCCACAUUUGUAUAGUGAAGGUGUCCAACACAACACAACUCUACUCACUGGUGUCCAGGAUGAUGCAGCACCUGCCGUACCUCAUGCAUCUACAGAUGUUUUGCUGUGGCUACCAGAAAACAAUAAAGAUUUAAGGCCAAUUCCUUUUUCUAAAGAUUUAUCUGAUUUAACAUCUACAGUCUUAAAUAAGCCCAUGUCAUUUUCUUGAUGAACAGUUCACUGAGAUGCUAGGCUAACACCAGCAUGUUUACCCUGCCUUGACAUGGUUUAUUGAUAAUUAAAUAGCUUUUAUAUCCCUGAUUUACUUUAAUUUAUAUCUGACCUCAGUUAAAAAUACAGAAAUUAUGAUACUGUCAUGUUGCAUUUGUUGGUGGGAUGUUCACCUAGAGCUGCUUUUUAAGUGCUCUGCUAAAGCUAGCAUCUCUAUUCUCUGAUAUAAUUAGUUAAAAAUGUACAAAUAUUUUGUUAGUAAGAGUUUUUAAAGAAACUUCAUUUUUCUUUCUAAGGAAAUGUUCAUGUUAAGAAGCGGCUAAUAUGCUAGGCUAGAGCUAGCAGGUUUACUCUCUGUUUUGAUCAAUCUUACAGGUUAUAUAAAACAUCAUUUCUACAGGACAUUCAGUUAAAGUUAGUUUUAAGUUAUUUCUAACUCAACAUGUACAGUAGCUUCAAGCUUUAAUUAACUUAAUCCUUUUUAUAAUUGUUUUUUUUUUACCCAGAUAUGUUUGCUCAAAUGAUAAGCUAAUGCUAUCAUGUUUACUCCUUGUUUUUUGUAAAGCAUAUUCAGCAACUUGACGCUUUUCAGCCAAACAGUUUUUUUUAAGGUUGUAUAAAACACAUUUUUCCAGAUUUUGAUAUUUUCAUAUGUUUUUGAUUUUAGUACCGUUUGUUUGUAUUAACAAGAUUUAAAGAAAGUUGUUUUCCUGUUUGUUUUUUUAUGUUUAGUGUUUCAGCGGCUCUCCCCAGCAUUGACGGCUGUCUGUGGAACGCUAUCAGGCUAAAACAAGCAGCAGCCAAUACAGUCUCUCUUUCACUCUAAGCACCUUUAAAGGGUGAGAGCUACUUAGCUUGUGAGGGAAAAACAAACAGCUGUUUGACUGAAAAGAUAACCAUUUUGCUUUUCUCCUUCAGAAAAAAGGAAUUAAUUUUACAAAGUUGCAGUAUGGCUUGCUGGGUGUGGUGCUGGAUUAUCAUGAGUAGAGUUGAAUACAAAUCACCUAAAAUCCUUGAAUCAGGACCGUAUGGAUUGGAUGGGGACAUCCCUAUAAAGCCCAAACCUUUAAAUAUGUGUGUGAGUUGACCCAUUAAAUUAUAGUGCGGUGUGCCUUGUAGAGUAAGUACCAUCCUGUGUAAUUCCAACAUGGUAGCAUCUUCUGGACGUCUCUGUGGAGCGGCUUUGAUCGCAUUAAGGAGGGUCGAGUAAGUCAGUUUCAACCAACAGACCGAAAUCUGUCCUGUCGGUUCUCAUGAUUUUAGCAAAUUAACUUCUAUAUUAUUCUAACUGCUGAGGUCAGUCUUUGAAUUGGAUGGUGGGAAUCUUCCUACUUGUAUAAAAAAAUAAAAUAAAAAUAAACAGUUCUUUUGCAAGUUGAAUAUUUCUUUGAUUGUACUCUUAGGUUAAUAACUUGUAUAGUUUGCGUGUUUAUUUGUUUUUUCAAACACUUAAGCAUCCUUCUCUGAGUGGAUUAAACAAAUCCCGCAGGGGUUUCUCUAGUUGAUUUCAUAUGGAUAAAAAGUUAUUUUCAGAUGAAUAAAUGUGUAUUUUUUUCUGGCUUGAAUAUAUUUUACAUGGAAUGAAUAUAUAUAUAAAAAAUAUGUCUAUGAUUGGUGUUGUAUAUUGUAAAGAGAUGACACCUUGGCUUUGAAUGUUGGAGAUUUUAUUUUUGAAAAAAGAACAUUAAGAAAUAUCCCAUGUAGCCGUAAUCAUGCAGAAAGGCUCGUCUUCUAAUCAAUGGAAGCAGAGGCGAUGGUUGCUCUUACGUGAUUCAGUGCUCACUGUUGUAACCUGCAUGUUGGUACUGUACACUUCGUUGUGUAUCUGUCCUGUUGGUUCUUGUAUUAUUUCAGUAUUCAAAGUGUCCAUAAAAUCCAAUGCCAUCUUCUCUCUGUGCUUAACAUUGAUUAUGAGAUCAUCUGCUGCACAUUUUUCUUGUCAGGAAACUUCUGCUGUUUUUUUUUUUUUGUUCUGCUGUGCAUCUGUCUAGGCACACUAAAAAGCUUUAGUGACCCUAACACGGAAGGGAACCGGUAGAGAUAUUUUGCAUUUCAGGGUUAGAAUUGUUAACGUCCACAGCAUUCAUGUAAAUUGUUUCUCCUCAUUACAGAUUUAGUUUGAGCAGGAGGUGAUGUACGUUGUAGCAGCUUUCACUGAAUAAUGGAAUAAAAUCAAGUCACCUUUCCCCUCCAAAUUCUGACAUUAUUUGGAGCCAGUUUGUGGAGUGACUUACACGCUGAAUGUUACAGUCAGCAGCUUCAUUUCUGUAUCUUCAUCAUGAUUUACUCUAUGGUAUUAUAUCUCCUGUUUUUUGUUUUUCUUUUAUUAUUAUUUUAGUUGUAAUCUUUUUGUCUCGGUGGUGUGCACUUUUGCAUGUGCUCAUCGUGGUUGUUUUUUUCCAGCUGAGGUCAAUAUAACGUGCUACUGAUGAGUAACCUGGUACAACAGCACACAUUGUACACACUGUGAACGGAAAAUAAAUACUGUUUCUUGCUUC